AUGGCCCUGUCAUCUAUAUUUGGUGGCGCUGCGCCUUCUCAACAACAGGGUACUACUUCUAACCCCGCUGCUUCCAAGGUAAAAGAACAAUUGAAAGUUCAAAUAGCUCAAGAGCUAGCCGUUGCUAACGUUACUGAAUUGGUUAAUAAAAUCACUGAAAAUUGCUUUGAGAAGUGCUUAACUAGUCCAUACGCUAAUGCACAGGAAGGUUGUGUUGAUCAAUGCUUGGCGAAGUACAUGAGGAGCUGGAAUGUUAUUUCCAAAGCUUAUGUUGCAAGAAUCCAGCAGGCUUCUACCUCAGGUGAAAUAUAA